AUGCAAAAAAUACAAACGAGAAGUAAAAGACCUAACCAUUCCAGAAAAUCAACUUUAGAAACUAUUUCAAUUCCAAAGGAAAAUAAUGUGGUUUCCACUUAUCAGCAAAACAUAAAAAACUCUUUAAAAUCAAGACAUUCCUAUUUAGAUAAAAAAUAAAAUUGGUAUUUUGGCGGAAAGUGGACUUCGGGGCGCACUCCCCUAUGGAGCAAGUAGGACCAUCCUGAUAAAGCUGAAAUAGAGCCUAUGUCACUUUUUGAAGUAAAUAUAAGAAUAGUGAUUAUUAACUUUUUGUACUAGGCCUUAAGGCUUGGAGAGGACCUGCCAAAGAGGGAAUUUUUGUUUCUCCGGCAAAAGUUUUCCUGUCUCUGCCAUAUGGGCUAGACAAGUUUUGCCUACCACAUAGGUAUUCCCUAAUCGAGACCAUCUGGGUUCUCUAUAGACGUGGCUAGGCCCUAGGAAGCUAUGGUGGUUCAGGUCGAUUAUCCAAGAGGGCUACCCUUUUGAGUCAAGGUGAGCAACGGCUAGUAGAUUUAGCCGCUUAUGGCCAGCAUAACUUAUAACUAAAUAUUUAGAUUAAAUUUAAAAUAAUAAUGAAUAAAGACAAUAUCUUAAUAGAAUUAUAUCAUAAAUACAGCCAAAUACAGAUUAUUUAAGAGAAAGGCAUAAAAGCGUUAAUUUUUCCACAAAAUUUGAAAUCGAAUGUGGCUCUCCUAUUGACUUUGAAUGCAACGAAAUUUUAGAAAUUAUUUCUUAUCCUUGUAAGCCAACCUCAAGUGGCGAGAUAAUUUUUGAUAACGAGCAGAUCUUAACUCCUAAAGGGUCUAAUUCAUUUAUUCAAGAAUUUCAUGGUGUUCAAGCUCCACCGCCAGAAUUUGAGACAUCAGGAAUUGAAGAAAUUUCAAAAGCUCCACAUUCCCAUUGAAAACCAGAAAAUAAAGACUAUAUUAUACAAUUUUUUAUAUUAAAAUUGAUGCUAUCCUUAUUAUUGCACUUUAUAUUUAAUCAAUAGCUCAGUUAUUUGCAUUAGCGCAUAAUAAUUCCAAAUUUAAUGUAAAAUGUCAUAAGUCUAUGAUUGAAAAAGAGUAUGAAUAUAAUUUUUUUUAAAAAAAGAUAAUUUAUAUAAAAUAUUUUAAUAAUUUUAGUAUGAAUAUAUGCCUAAUCCUUUCGCUUUACAGUCAAUUCAAGCUAACAAUAUAACGGCGACUAUGCGUGCAAUUCUAUACGACUGAAUGAUGGAAGUAAGCUCUGAAUUUACGUUAAAACGUGAAACUUUUCAUCUGUCGAUUACGUAUGUAGAUAGAUUUUUAUCUAUCCAAAAAGGAAUAAAAAAAGAUGAAUUCCAAUUAAUUGGCUUAGCUGCUAUGUAUAUUGCUGCCAAAACUGAAGAAGUUUAUGCUCCCAAAAUCUCUGAGUGGGCUAAAUCUGCUGAUAAUGGAUAUUCAUUACCUGCUAUUAAGAUGAUGGAAAAAAUUAUUCUGAGCAGGCUUGACUGGAAAAUUUUCCCAGCCACAAUUUAUAAUUGGACAAAUUGGCUUAUGAGUCAAUGGGAUAAAUUUGUAGAGUUUCAUUUUGGUUGUGUAAAUUAUAAUACUUUAGGGUAAUUCUAAACCAAAAAAACAAAAAUUAAGUGUUUAUUAUUAUAAGCAUUUAUAAGACCAUUUUAUUAUUUAUUAAUUUUAAAAUAAUAUAUAACAAGCCUAAAGAUUUCGAUCACCUGCCCCCAGAUCAGAAGAAAAAAGAGCAAAAAAAGCUUGAAAAAAGGCUAAUUGUCUUCAAAUACUCUAACCAUCAAGCUUAUAAGAGAUUCAGAGAGUCAUUACAAGUUCUAGACAUUGGAGUUCUCGAUAUCGGAAUUGCUAAAAUAACCCCAAGAAUUGCAGCGUCUGGACUUCUCUAUUUGAUGAUCAGCAAAUUUUUUUAUCAGACAAAUUAUAAUUUAUUAUACUACUCAGGUCCAGAUUAUCAUGAAUCUCCACCAGUUUUUGAAGAAAAUGAAUGCAAUAAUAUAUCAAUGUGCUUUGGAGACGGAGAAGAAGGCCCUGCAGGACUAGAAGACCAUAGAGAAGCCCAAAACUUUGAAAAUGCAAGAGUGGUGCAACAGCUAUAUUCAGGGUUUAUAUCUGCAUCAUGUGAUAUAAAAAAUAUUGAAGAAAUCUACGAAUCUGUUGCAUUUUUUCAUCCUUUUUUAGAGUUUGAAAUUGUUUAUGAUUUGCCUUUAGUAUGCAAAGUGCAGAGCAAAGAAAAAUUGGAAAGCCACUAUGAAGAAUUUUUAGCUUAUCAAACUCAUAAUGAGAAGAAUGUGGAUUUUGUAACAAAAAAACUUAAAAAUCAAAAUAUAAAAUAA